AUGGAGGUAAGGUGGCGGUCAUGGAUAGGAAAUAAUGGCGGACCGGCGGUGGGUUAUGGCGGUUCCACCGGAGGACUUAACGGAGGAAAUAACGGAGGCAACAUCGGAGGUUAUGGCGGUUCCAACGGAGGAAAUAACAGAGGCAACGGUGGAGGUUAUGGCGGGUUCCAACGGAAGGAAAUAACCGGAAGCAACGGCGAGAGGUUAUGGCGGUUCCAACGGAGGAAAUGGUGGCGGCAACGGCGGAGGGUUAGGCGGUUCCAACGGAGAAAUAGCGGAGGCAACGGGGGAGUUAUGGCGGUCCACGAGGGAAAUGGUGGGGCAAGGAGGAGUUAUGUCGUUCCAGCGGAGGCUUCAACGGGGGAAAAUAACGGAGGCAACGGCGGAGGACAUGGGGUUUCCACGGAGGCAGUGGAGGGCGGCUACGGAAAAUGA